AUGUCGCCAGGGCCGUUUGACGCCCGAGUCAAGCGAUCCCGCUGUUCGGCGUGCGCGUCCAGUCACCUCAAGGUAUGUACUUAUUUGCACGCUCGUCUGUGUCGACAAAGAGCCACCAUACAAGUCGACCAAGCUAAGGUCCAGACUGUCAGCAGCUUCUCGACCAAGCGACGCAGUCCAUGGACGCCAAAGCGCGAGAGAUUGACAUCGCCGCUGCCCAUGCUACCUUUGUCCAGCAACACUUCCAGACACCUCUACUAUUUUCAAGUCUUUGUAGAGAGGAACACGUUUGUCGCUGGCUCCGCUUCGUACGGCACCGACGUGGCGAUACUGCUAGGCACAGAGUCAGGCCACUUCCUGGUGAAUGCAGUGAUGGCUCUGGGCGCUCUCGAGGCGUCUCGACUGCACGGUCCGACGCGCAAGAUGGACUCGGUCGCGGCUCUGCAGGCCUACUCUUCCUCGCUUGCAUCCCUACGGCAGACCAUGGCGCAUAGUCCGUCACCAUCGCGGAUUCACGUGCUGUGGGCAACCUUGUUCCUCGGACUCUUUGAGCUCAUGCAGAACGAGACAGGCGACGGCUGGCUCCUGCACAUGACCCACGGGACAGCCAACGCGCUGCAGGCGGCUGGUCCUCUGGCUUGCCAGUCCGGCCUAGGACGGUCCUUCUUCCUACAAGCGCGCGUGUUCGAAACAUCACGAGCACUGCUGCUCAACAAGCCCACAUUUCUGUCCAAUCCCGACUUCGAAAUCGAUGCGACGCGGCUCAAUGGGUCCUCCUUGAACCACUUGCUGAACAUUAUUGUGCAGUGCUCCCAGCUCCGGGUCCGAACCGGCCAGUUCAUCGAGGCAAAUAACCCGUUGACAGAGCUAGGUGACUUGCAAGAGGACGCUCUCGGGUUGGCAGCUGAGGGAUUCCGUCUUCGCCUUGCGCUCGAAUCGUGGAGAGCAGGCCGCACGGAAAUCCAGUCCUGCGAAAAUGUGCAAACCCAUGAUGCUGCCUCUCACAAGGCCGUGCUAUCCAAAAUCUUCUUUGCUGCCAUCAGCAUCUAUCUAUCGGGUGUUUUUGACUAUGAAAUCCUGCAUUGGCGGCAUUGGGGGAUCCUCGUCUCGACCAUCACGGAGGAUCAAGUGCAAGAACACGUGCGCACCAUCUUGGCCCUUACGGCACUGGCACUGGAGCGCUCCAACCUGUCGCCGCUUCUGUUCCUAUUCCCACUACGGAUAGCAGGGGCUAGGUCGUGCCAACCGUGGCAGCGGGAGCGUGUGCUGCAACUUUUGGCACGGGUCGGCGCGAGUUUUGCUGUGGCCGGUGCAUUUCAGAUGGAACUGGGGAAAAAUCGACCUCCAGAAAUAGAAGGUAUUGCACGGAAGGGGAGAACUGAACGGGAUCCCGUAUUUUCCACUGGGUGUGGUCGUUUGUGGUGGUUUGAGUCGUGACUGGGGGACAUCAGCGUCUUACGUACAUACUAUCUAUGCUUCGACGCUUUCAACCAGGGCCAGGCAAACGACACCACGAGGAUCGACUGCGAGAGCCAGCGCGGCAGGUGCAUCGAGGAGCUCCCCAAGUAGUAGUAUUCAAGAUAGUAAGGACGUCUCUGUGGCUCCAUUCCUCAUAUCCCGAAGAAAGCUAUUGUUGACAUCGGCGAUAGUCAUGUGGCAGAAGCUUGUGCAUGCUGUCUGAUGCUAAAGCGCGCGUGUACCUCUCAAAGUACUUCCAAUCAAGCAUCCAUACCCACGCAUCUGGCACCUGAUCAAAACAACCGUACCCGUCGUCGCCAAUCUCACCUCUUGGUCCGACAGCGGACGUCUCGUCCGGUAAGGCCUCUAGUGUAGGCAGG